UUCCUCCCUCCCGAUUCCCAAAGAUGGAGGCGGGUGCUUCGUCCUCUGGCGGUACUGCAGCUCUCGUUACCGAGCCUCAGUUCGCCCAGCUUUUCAGGAAACUCUUGAAGAAAGAAGGGAUCUUGAACUGCCUUUAUCGAGUGCAAAAACUUCCCGAUGGAACCACGGCAUUGCCUAUACUGGGUCAAAGCUUCACAGCCCAGCACCUGCAGCAGCUGAAGGAGAGCAUCCCACAUGGAAAGGCCUGUGCUCUGACAUGGAUCCAUAAUCCGAUUCCUUCAAAAGCAGUUAUGGUACGUUCGCCGAUUCAGAAACUACACAAUGAGCUACAACAUCUAAUGUUAAUCCGUGGUGCUGCUUGGUCAGAAGAAUUAGAGAAAGAUCUGCCACGGUCCUGGCAGAGGCACAGGGACCUUGUUCUUCUAAGUGAGGAUUGCUUUAGAGCAAUGCAGUGGAGAGAACUGGGCCAAGAACUUUGGCAGGUGGUUGCUGAUGCUUUGGGGGCCCGGCGUUUAGCCAAACGUGGGCGAGUGCAGGCGGAUUUGUUUCGAUCUCCUGCUGUGACCUUGUUGCUGGGCCGGGAUGGCUGGGUUGAACAGGUGGACAAUGGAAUCAGAUACAGGUUUGAUGUGACCCGGUGCAUGCUGUCUCCAGGAAACAUCACUGAGAAGCUGCGGAUAGCCUCUAUGUUAUGCAUGGGAGAAGUAGUGGUGGAUCUUUAUGCUGGGAUUGGCUAUUUCACUCUGCCUUACUUAAUUCAUGCCGGUGCUGCCUUCGUCCACGCUUGUGAGUGGAACCCCCACGCCGUGGAAGCUCUGCGGAGGAACCUGCAACUGAACGGUGUUGAGGAUCGGUGCCACAUUCACCAAGGGGAUAAUAGAAAGGUGGAACUAUCAGGUGUGGCCGACAGAGUAAACCUGGGACUGAUCCCGACGUCAGAGGAAGGCUGGCCAGUUGCUUGCCGGGUUUUGAGAAAGGAUGUUGGAGGAGUCCUUCAUAUCCACCAAAACGUGGAAACCUUUCCAGCAAGGACACUUGAGCCAUCCCGUCAACUGGAGCAGAAUCAGUCCCCUAAGCAGUGUCUCCUCCAAGCAGCAUCACGUGGCCAAGAAGAUCAAGUAGUUCUGGAGGACCAUGAUGUUCUGCAGAAUGCUGGGCAAUCAUUCACUGCUUCAGCGAAACAAGAGUGGCAGUGCUGGGCAGAAGUCACAGCGACUCGGAUCCAGUUUUUGCUUCAGGACCUGGACAGGAAACUCUGGAAAACCCAAAUCUUGCACAUUGAACAUGUGAAAUCUUACGCCCCUCAUGUAGAUCAUCUAGUUUUGGAUCUAGAUUGCCGGCCCCUUGAAUAGGGCACAGGGAAUGUCUUCUUUCUGGCUCAGGGAAUCUUGGAAGAAGCAGGGCGUGGGUAUCACAUUCUGCGUCUUCUUCGUGAGGCUGCUUCCCACAAAAUCACUUUUUGAAAGUCUGAAUGUUGCUGGCUUGGGAGUUUUGUGAGUGCAGUCCGGUAGCUUAGAACUGGAAUGAAUCCUUGCAUCCUGGAAGGGACUGAACAUAGAUACACAAUAGAAGUGGUUUGGGCAACUAUGCUGGGGUGUACAAAAUCCUUCAAGCCUUCUGAGCUAUACUAUUUGCUGGAGAUUCUGCAUCAAAUCAAAUAACUUUAUUACAGCCAUAAGGCCAGAAAAGGAGAUUCUGCAUAAUUUAUUUCAGAUAAUUGGGUGUUUUCUAGCCAUAGCUGGAAAAAGCAAGUUUUGAAAUGGGAUUCAUUGUUCCACUAAGCUCCGAAUCUCCCAGCAGAAGUUGCUUAAGGCUGCAUCUCUAGGUACGCUUGCCUAGUGAAAAAAGAUUUGGAUUCAACAAUCCUUGCAUCUGAAAACAUAAACUUCAGUUCUCUUUAUUUCUGUGUGUGUAGCUUGUGAAUGUCUGAUUAUAUUCUACCAGCAUUAUAAAUCACAUUUAUACAUCACAUUUAUAUAGUCGCUUUGUGAGAUGGGCGGCUAUAUAAAUGCGGUG